CUAGCUAGUGUUGUCUUCGCAGGUCUACCGGGCGCAUAAAUACGAUUAUACGUUGAAAAUGCAGUGUUAGUGACUUGUAUGCACUUUGCCGACAUUGCAGAAGAGUAAGAGUAAACGCGUCUCGAUGUCAGAAAGAGAGCAUUUCCAGGAGGAGCACUGCAGGCGCGGACUUUGGUGUUUUCUAAUUAAAUGAUCCCCGAGGACCCUCGGCGAUUGUGCGCGUGCCGGAUGCAAUAGCGCCUCCAGUUCCUGGUGCAGCAUACAUGUAUAAAAGGACAAAACAGGACAUCAAGCAAAGCAUUUCAGGAUUGGAGAGCUUGGCCAAUAAGGCAACAUAAAUAUAUGUAUGUUUUUUAAAGGGGAAAAAAAAUGACACCCUUUCAUUUUUGUUGUCUUAUCUUUUUGUCUGAACAAACAGCGUUAAAGACACAGUGGCUUUUUGAACAGCUUUACAACUCGCUCUCUUAAAAGCAGCUUAUUUACAAUGAUUAUUUGUUGGACGUAUUGUGCCACCUUUUAUAAAGGCACAUGGUAUUUGGUUCUCUUUUAACACUGCGUAGGAGAAUGUCAUGUGCUGAACUAAUGAAAAAGUCACAUGAGGAUACAGUGGAUAAACUUGAGCAAAUUCCUAUAGUGAAGGAGUCCUGCACAAUCAUGGAAGACACAUGUAUGCCUACAGAAGACAACAGGCAGCAUGAUGAUCCAGUGGACAUUAAUAACAAGGACUCUUCUGAUCAUCCCGAAAUUCUGCAUACCACUCCGACAAAUUCCGUACCUGACUCUGCAGAAAUCCCGGUACUUAACGACAAGCUUCUGCAUGAUUCCAAUGAGAAAACAAAUGACGGCAACCACAAACAUGAUGAUUCUAAGGUGGACCUUCAGAGAUCUGAGCAAUCUAACCAAACAGCUGAUGAGAAUAAUGUCUCGAAUAGCUUAGCUUCUAUACCUGGACCACUUUCAGGGGAUGAGCAGGAGCACAAUGAUCAGCAGUGUGAUCAGAAACCUUCGACUGUAGUUGAAUCUCAUUCUGAAGAAAGCAAUGCAGUGAAUGCGGAUAAUCCACUCGAAAGAGACAGUUCCUCAUAUCGUGGCCGUCCACGCAAGGAGAAGCGUGUUAUUAAAUGUGAGUUCUGUGGACGCCCAUUCAAUCAUGCAUCAGCUUACAUAAUCCACCGGCGUGUCCACACAGGAGAGAAGCCUUUCAGUUGCCAGAUUUGUGGUAAAGCCUUUGCCCAACUCUCCAACCUUAGAUCACACACCAAGAUCCAUAAUGCACCUAAAAGUGUAACUUUGCAAAAUUCUAGCAUAUAUCAAAACAAAGCCAAUGUUCCCAAGAGUGUGACACCACCGAGAGAGAACCAAGUGAGUGUGACUCCAGUUUUUACAAAUGACUGCUCAGACAAAAGCACUGAGCCUCUCAACAGGAGCAGAAAACCCGUUGCCUGCUCUAUCUGUGGAAAGAUCUUUCCUUACAAAUCGGUGCUUAAAAUACACCUUCGGACUCACAGUGGUGAAAAACCCUACUCUUGCAGAGUGUGUGGCAAAGCAUUUACACAGGCGUGCACUGUUCGAGUCCAUGAAAGAGUACACUGGUCCGUCAAACCCUUCCUAUGUUCUAAAUGUGGGAAAGGAUUUUCACAGAUUGGGACACUGAAAGGUCAUACCUGCGAAGGGAAAAGGCAAACCCAUGCCACUUUAAAAGAUAUGGAAAUUGCUGGCGUUGUAACCUUCAGGUGUCACCUUUGUAAAAAGUGCUUUGGCACGAGAGAUGAGUAUGAUGUUCAUGUGCAAGCACACACAGAUAGUCACCGUUAUAGCUGUGAAAGGUGUGGUCAGAAAUACAGUCUUCGCUCUGAACUUGACACUCACACAAAACACUGUUUUGCAAUGUGGCUUGCAAAGUCAAAGCCUCAUAGUCAUUCUUCAGUCAAGGUAGAAACCAAAACCACAGAGCCUAAAACAGAUCAAGGCUCACCGGUUGCAAGUACAGGAUCCACACCCAUAAAAGUGCAGAAACCCAGCUUGGUCGAAUCUUGUAAACAGGAAUACCAGAAUAAGCAGAGAGAAGCACCACAGUCUGACUUUUUCCAGCCUCAGAAACCUAAGAAAUAUCCAUCUCUGCUGGCUUGCCCCCCUAGGGUAAUGGCCACCUCUGCUUAUGAUCCUCAAAGCAAUCUUAGCCAUUGUCAACCUUUUAAAGUGAGCUAUAUUGUAGCUUUGUUAAACAGCCUGGACCAGAAAUCAGACCCAAGGAAGUAUUUGUGUCCACGGUGCGGACGGCUUUUCAGGCAUGUCGGAAGACUGCGGGCCCAUAUGCUAAGUCAUGCUCGGGGUAAGAGCUUCACCUGUGGCCACUGCGGGAAAAACUUAGAAAACUGGAGCAACUUUUGGCGUCACCAGCGUGUGCACAAACAAAGACGAGGCCGCUUCUUUUGUCCAAAAUGUGGUCAGGGUUUUCGCUUUGCCAGUAUAUACAUGGAGCACCUGCAACAACAUCCAGAGCUUAAUGCAUAUUUCUGCCCCAUUUGUCCUCACACCUUUUCCAAUGCCACGAGUUUGAAGAACCAUCAACAGGAAUGGCAUCAGUCAAGCAUGCCUCAUUUAUGUGACAUCUGCGGCAAAGGUUUUUCAACAGCUAUAGUCCUAAAGCGGCAUCGAGUAACGCAUUGUUUUAAAAACUCACAGGUAGACAUGCCGUAUGUGGUUGAUGUGCAGCCGAUGAUGAAACCUUAUGAAUGCGGUAAGUGUGUUGCCAGUUUCAAAACCUUGGAUUUACUUUUCAAUCAUCAGCUAUGCCAUUCACCUAAAGGACUGAAUAACCAAAACAAUAACAGGCACGAACAACGGAAGAAGGGGCAAUACUAUCCACCUGACAAAAACAACCUCCACUUUGCCAUUUCUACAUCUCAUCAAAAUAAUUCGGAACCGUGUCAAGAUCUCAUUCAUGGACAUCACUUCACUUCCAUCCCUUCAGAUUCAGUUCAAACACAAACCCAGUUGGAAAUGGAUAUCGGUUAUGCACAAAAUAUGACUUUUCCAUUUUUCUCGUCGGAUUCUAAGCCAACGCAUUUAGGAACAAAAGAAAUAAAAAGCUCUAUGUGUGCUUACAUGAGUUCCGUGACAACUAAGGAAAUGCACAGUGGGUCUGCUCUGGAGUCCAAAUCAUUGCACAAAGCUGGGCAUCUUGCGUGCACAGACUGUGGUGCUUGUUUUGCCUUUCUUCCAGCUUUGCAUGAACAUUACUUGAAACAUGCCAGAGGAGAGAUAUAAAGAUGAUGCCAUUAUAAAUGUAUUCUCAUCAUACUUUUAGAGGACGUUUUUAAACAUUGACCAAGAGCGCUGCAUGGGAGAUUUUUCAAUCACUAUUCUAAGCUCUAAAAACAGUUUCUACUAGAUGUAGACGUGCACAACUUGUCAUGGUUUUAAUGUGAAUUUAAGAAAGGCAGACAUCAUUUUAUCGAAUGAUUGUAGGUAGCAUUGCCUGCAUUUGGAUGUUAAAAGUGAAAUAUCUCUUCUUUUAGGUCUGUUGAAGCUUUAAUUAUAGCACUUAACUACUUGUGUAGUUAAAAUGACAUGUGUCUUAAUGAUCAUGGACUGGAAUAUUUUUCAAAAAUUCCAGGUUAAAUAGUUUAGAUAACUGUUCAAAACUGCUGUACAUUUUUGUGAUUAAAAUUGGUUUGGAAAACAGA